CGUAUUCUUCUCUUGUUUCUUCUUCUACAAAACUUUUCUCCACUUCUUAUUAUUUCAUUCGCCAGCCACUCAGAGCUAGGAGAAAGCCCCUUUUCACUGGAUUUGAAUUUUUGAGGAGAAAAGGUCAUCUCAAUGAAAGCUUCGCUGAUCCAAGAUUUAAUUUCGAAGUAAAAGGAAAAGGAGUUGCCAAUUAAAUUAGUUUGGGGGGAUCAUGGUGGGAGACUAUGCAGAUUGUAGGUGAUGAUAUUUAAUGAAGCUACAUCUGUAAGCUAAACUUGAGAAUAUCAUGGAAGAAAUGAAGGCUUCAGGUACCAAUGAACAUGUCUCUGAGGAGAGCCCUGCUCCUGUGGAGCAAAAUGAGGGGGGUUCUAUGCCCUCACCAGCAGAGGAGGAGCAAGCAAUCAGAAAAAAGUAUGGAGGAAUGUUGCCCAAAAAACAGCCCCUCAUAUCCAAGGACCAUGAGCGUGCUUUCUUCGACUCUGCUGAUUGGGCUCUAGGAAAGCAAGGAGCGCAGAAGCCCAAAGGACCUCUUGAGGCACUUCGCCCAAAGCUGCAGCCCACUGCAAACCAGCAAUCGAGGUCACGGCGUUCUGCUUAUGCUUCUCCCAAUGCUGAAGAUGGGGGGAACGCUGGCCCUGAGGACAUGACCACCAGCUAAGUUAUUGCGCUGGAAGUUUACGUAACCAGCUCUGGUUGUUUUUCAAUGCAAUAAGCAAUUCCAAUGUGUUGGUUGUAUUCGAUGUGGACCUUGGCUGUAUUUGAUAAGCCCAUAAUGUAUCAUUAUAUAGACCAAUUGCUUCACUUGUGAGAACAGGUGCCCCAGUUAGUGCACUGGCUGCUCAUUUCCUUGUUCUAUGUUGGUUGAGACAAAUACUGAAUGAGCCUAUGUUUACCAGGCCAAAACAUUGAAUGGUGUUGUGUAAUGAAUUUAGAACUUGCUCAAGAUACAUGUUUAUUCAUAUGAGUUAUUGGAUAAGUAAAUUUGAAUUGGGAUUUUAUUUGGUGCA